AUGGCAUCUGACCCAAUGGCAGAGCUCUUCUCUGGGUCUCGCCUACAGAGUCCUGUCCGUCUUAAUGGCCAAGGGCUGCUGGAAAGGGCCGAACCAGCCAACGGGCGGCUGAGGCACCUGACGGACCCGUUGGUGCUGAACGGCAGGAAGGUGGAGGAGCGCCAGGGGCCGCCCGCCGCGGCUCCCAGCCUGCUGGAGGGGUCGGACAAGGAGGCAGUGCUGCGGCUCCUUGGCUUGGACUUGGAGCAGAGCCCUCCGCCUCAAUCUGCCUACAUCCCGGUGCCCAGACAAAGAAAGCUGUCGGGCAAAGCCAGGAUCGACGAGGUCAUGGCUGCCGCGGUCCUCACCAGCCUGUCCACCAGCCCGCUAGUGCUCGCCAACCCGCCCAGCGCCUUCAGCCCAGAGCCCAGCUGCGAGGCCUGGAAGGACGGUCCAGCCAUGUCGUCCAGCUACAGCAGCAGCAGCAAUAACAGCGGGGACUGGAGCUGGGACCUGCCGAGCGACCGCUCGACCCCGUCCACCCCCUCACCUCCGCUUCCCAGCGAUGCUGCCAAGAGCUUCCUGCCGGCUGCCCCGCUGGAUGACAGCACAGAGGAGACCGAGGCGACCCACUUCCUCUUCGGCGAUCCCAUCCCACGGAAGAGGAAGAACUCCACCAAGGUCAUGUUCAAGUGCUUGUGGAAGAGCUGCGGCAAGGUGCUCAGCAGCUCCUCAGGGAUGCAGAAGCACAUCCGGAUUGUCCACCUCGGCCGGAAAGCUGACCUGGACCAGAGCGAUGGCGAGGAGGACUUCUACUACACAGAGCUGGAUGUCAACGUGGACUCCCUGACGGAUGGGCUAUCCAGCCUCACCCCUGUGUCCCCAACCUCCUCGGUGCCCCCGGCCUUCCCCGUCCCGGAGGUGCAGACUGCACCGCCCCUGCUGGUGAAACCUGAGGUUUCCCUGGUGUCUCCCCUCAGCCACUCAGCGCCCACGAACUUGUGCCACGUCCAAACUGACCACGCCUAUCAGGCAACGGCUCCCGUGAGCAUCUCGGCCGUCUCGAAAACCCUGCCUGGUGGGUUGGGAUUCAGCAUCUCCUGGCAGCAGCCAUCGCCACAGGCACCGGUUGUUUUUAAAGGGUCCCCGGGCUGCCUGACUGCGAUCCGGCCCGUUGGAGUGGGAGAGAAGCGGCCGCAGAUCCCUCACCUGCCCGUCAUCAAACCGCACGUGCCAGCGGCCCCCGCUGCACCGAAGCCGGCCUCUGGGACAAGGAAACCCCGUGGGGAGGCCAAGAAGUGUCGCAAGGUGUAUGGCAUGGAGAACCGGGACAUGUGGUGCACGGCGUGCCGGUGGAAGAAAGCCUGCCAGCGCUUCGUCGACUGAGCAGCGCCCUGCUGGGACCUCCGGGCUCUGGGAAGUCAGCAGCGACUCCUCCUCUUCCUCCUCCUCCUUGCACAUUUUUUUUUUUUAAUUUUUUUUUUUUGCACUUCAAGUGCCUUUGGAGCCUCGUCUCCUGCUCUCUGCCCCCCGGGGGCCUUGACAGCAACGGGCCAGACUCAGGGAAGGGAGCCCUCGGCCCUGCACUGCCCUGAGGAGCCGGAGAGGACAGAGCGGGUGUGAAAGGACAUGGGGGGUCCUCUAAAAAGGAGGAACGUGCGCAGCGGCGGCCAGGCUUGCAGCCUCUCGUGGGCUGGGCCCUAGCCGCGUUCUUCCCCUUGCGCCCCAUCUCCCCCUGCCCGCGUCCAGCCUCGGCCUGGCAGAAGCUUUAUGUGCACGCGCUCGCUGACACCCCCGAGCUCUUUCUCUUUCCUUUCAGAUAAGCUAUUUCCUCCCCCUCAUUUCUGCCACUACGUUCCCACUCCUCCUCCUGCCCGGGUGCCUCCAGGGAGCCAGUCUGGGCACAGCUGGGGGGUCCAUCUGGGUUUGGAAACUGCUGGCUCAGGCUGGGAGACGGGGACCCUGCAGCCCUUUGGAAGGGAGGAGAAUAGGCCUGGGUCUGAUGGCUGUCUAGGUGGGGAGGGGAGACAGGCCCUUGCCUUCCCGGCUGUAAUUUUGCUUUGGAGCCUUGCCCCACUUCCAUUAUUGAAAGCGGAAGAAUGGACCUGACGCAGCCUCAUGUUCGGUGGCGUCUCUUCUAAAUCUGGGUUUCGAGGAGCCGGGAUCUGCCCCAUCCCUGCGGGGAGCCCUGUGGGUUGGAGCAGACGGGGUGCGUCAGAAGGCCCCGGGGCGGGUACCAGCACCUGUCGGCAAGACCCGGCUGUGCCUGCGAGAGCUCGUGCCCUUUUCCCGCCGAGCUUUUCCACCUAGAUCAGCAGCAGCCCCUUGGCUCCCUUUGCCCCGUCCUUUCCCCUUCCCCUCGGUGUGUGGAUCCGGGGGGCACCAAGGGCUGAGGCGGCGCCUGGUCGCCUCCCACUCCCCAGGGUGAGGUUGUUUUUUUUUUUAAGACUUUGUAACUUUUUAAAAAAAAAAA